AACCACCUCCUGGCUGCCCGCAGAGCCUUUGAUGCCUUCUUUGCCCACUACCCCUACUGCUACGGGUACUGGAAGAAAUACGCCGACAUGGAGCGACGCUUCGACUGCACCCGGGAGGCCGAGGAGGUGUUUGAGCGGGGCCUUCAGUCCAUCCCCCUCAGCAUGGACCUCUGGAUCCAUUACAUCUCCUACCUCCAGUCCACCCUGGACAUGAAUCUCCCUGAAUCCAUCCAGAAAAUCCGGGGCGUCUUCGAGGCGGCGGUGGCGGCGGCCGGGAUGGAUUUCCGGUCGGACAAGCUGUGGGAACUCUACGUGGAAUGGGAGCGGGAGCAGGGAGACCUGCGCGCCGUCACCGGCAUCUACGACCGGGUCCUCUCCAUGCCCACCCAGCUCUACAACCACCACUGGGAGAAGUUCAAGGAGCACGUCCUCCACAACCCCCCAAAAGACAUUUUGUCCCCAGAGGAGCUUCUCUGGGUCCAAUCCAAACUGGCCACCGAUCCCGUUCCGAAACCCCCGGAGCCGGAGGGGACGGAAGCGCCGCCGGGAGAAGACGCUGCCGCCAGCGGUGAUGGGAAAAAAGCAGCCGAGACUCACGAGGAUUUAGACCAGGAGAAGAUCCGGGAGCUGGUGAUUUCCAUGCGGCAACAGAUCUACGCGCAGAACGAGGCGGAAGUCGGGAAGCGCUGGAACUUCGAGGAUGGGAUCAAACGUCCCUACUUCCACGUGAAGCCCCUGGAGCGGGCGCAGCUGCGGAACUGGCGGGAGUACCUGGACUACGAGAUGUCGGCGGGGUCGCACGAACGCACCAUCGUCCUGUUCGAGCGCUGCGUCAUCGCCUGCGCGCUCUACGAGGAGUUCUGGAUCAAG